AUGGAAGUAACUGAUGUUGUGAUCGUAGGUGCUGGGCCUUCUGGUCUUGCAACCUCAGCUUGUCUUACAAAGUAUUCGAUCCCUCACAUAAUCCUCGAGAAACAUGAUUGUAAUGUUUCUCUUUGGAGAAAACACACUUACGAUCGAGUCAACCUUCAUCUGGCCAAAGAGUUCUGUUCUUUACCCUUACUGCCUCACUCACCAUCUAGUCCAACAUUUCUCUCCAAAUCUGAAUUCCUCGACUACAUCGACAACUACGUCAGCCAUUUCAACAUAAGCCCUCGUUACAAUCGUACGGUAGAUGUCGCCGUGUUUGAUGGAGCUGAGGGGAAGUGGAGGAUUGAAACGACGAAUACUAAAGAAGGAGGGUGUCGUGAAGCUUACGUGGCCAAGUAUGUUGUGGUGGCGACUGGUGAGAACAGUGAAGAGUACAUUCCCGAGGUGAGUGGAUUGGAUAGCUUCGAAGGAGAGAUAGUGCACUCCAAGAAUUACAAGUGUGGUUCUAAGCAUAAGGGCAAAGAGGUUCUCGUUGUUGGCUGUGGAAAUUCUGGAAUGGAGAUUGCUUAUGAUUUGAAUGAGUCUCAAGCUCGAACUUCCAUUGUCAUCAGAAACCCUGUACAUGUGCUGACAAGAGAACUGGUGCAUCGAGGAAUGUCUAUGAUGAGAUAUUUGCCGGCUCAAAUAGUGGACGUUGUGAUAACAUUUGUGGCAAACUUGGAGUACGGUGAUCUCUCUGAAUACGGUAUUCAUCGACCCAGCAAAGGACCGUUCUACCUCAAACAAGUCACUGGGAGGUCUCCUGUCAUUGACGUUGGGACCAUUCAAAAGAUUCGAGACGGAGAAAUUAAGGUUAUUUCUUCUGGAAUAAAGAGAAUAGAGAAGAAGAAGGUGAUCUUCGAGAAGAACAAUUUGGAGAAAGAUUUUGAUGUGAUCGUGUUCGCUACUGGGUAUAAAAGCGUAGCUAAUAAUUGGCUCAAGGAUUACAAGUAUGUUCUGAACGAGAAAGGGAUGCCAAAGAAUGAAGUUCCGAGUCAUUGGAAAGGAGAGAAGGGGAUUUACUGUGCAGGACUUUCAAGGAGAGGUCUUCUUGGAGUUUCCAUGGACGCAGAAGCUAUUGCAAACGACAUCAAUCUAUCCCUCAAAUUGGUGGCUCAGAAUUCUUCCUAUCAAUGA